CCACAGACUCUCUGGUGCUUGUCACUGGAGGGGAUUCAUUUUAUGAAGCAUGGCGUGCAUUUUAAAGCUGAUAAUGUGGGCUUUGAUUUUCCUGAACUCUGGCGUGUGUUCAAUAACACUGCCAAAAAUAACAGACAGGAAGUUCAUCGAUGAAAAUGUGAAGGAGCACAACAGGGCGAGGUCGUCCGUCAGUCCACCUGCAAGUAACAUGAAGGAAAUGACAUGGGACGAUGAAUUGGCCAUUACUGCUAAAGGGUGGGCACAGCAAUGUUUGUUUGACCACAACCCCCGCCGUGCACACCCUAACUUCACCUCUGUAGGAGAAAACAUCUGGACAGGUGUCCCACCGUCAUCUUUUGAUGUGGCCGGUGCCAUUCAAAGCUGGGUGAAUGAAAAGCAAUACUAUGACUUCAACAGCCAAGCGUGCACCAAAGUCUGCGGCCACUACACGCAGGUUGUUUGGGCCAGCAGCUACAAGGUUGGUUGCGCUGCCAAUCUGUGCCCAAAUGGUGUCAAAGAAUCUGGUUUUGGUCGUAGAGAAGGGGUCAUUUUUGUUUGCAACUAUGCACCAGCGGGCAAUGUGAGGGGACGCAAACCGUAUGAAUCUAAUGGAGCAACCUGUCCUGGAUGUGAAGGAAGCAGUGGAUCCAACUACCUGGCAGUUCUGGUGACCCGGCCCAUCGCCCUCAUCCUCACUUUUGUGGCAGCGCACGUAGUCCGACACUUUUAUCCCGACAUCUUCUGCUAUGAAUAGACCACCUAAAAUGACAUGGACUAGCAUUUAACCAAUUCAAUGACUGCAGUGUUUUCCUUGAUUUUCUCUGUCCUUAGAUUGCUUUAAAGUCCCAUGAAGGUGGUUCAAAUGUGCACAUGAAUGUAAAAAAAGCAGUGUAUAUAUGCCUAGUAUUUCUAGCUGGCACGCAAAAAUUGACAGUGGCACACCUGAUCUUUUACACACAAGCAGUAGCAGACGUUAAACAAGCAGUUUGACAGGCCUGAUUUGUUCAGCAAAUGACACCCGAGUUGGCUCCCACUUUCCCCUGGUUUCUGUAAAGUCGCUUUCAAAAUGCUCUGUGCGCUGAUAAGUUAAGAAGUGACAUUUAUGGGCACAACGUUGUUCCAUAGUUUCCCCCAGAAAAAAUACUGAUGAUGGGGAAACUAUUCAAAAAUGACUGCUGCAAACACAAAAAACCCUGCAGCUGUGGACGACGGCCUAAAAUCUUUCCUCCAGUUUAUGAGAGAAACCUACUAAAGAGAGAUCCAACUAGUUAAUCUUUAAAUUUUACUUCUUUUCAACACACAUAACUCUUAAUAACAGAGACAUCUAUCUUUAAAACAUAAAAAUAUUGACCACACAGUUAGUAAGAGGGAAAUAUUAUCAGUGUUGGUUCAUCUCAUUUGAGAGAGCUGGUCUCAUCAUAAAUGUAAAUAUGGAAAAAAGUCCUUAAAUGUCUUUAAUAAAAAGUCCAAGAGUUUGUGACCCAA